AUGUCUGUCAUGGAUCUGACAUGCUGCUUGCAGAAACCUGCCAAGUAUGAUGAUAUCAAGACAGUGGUGAAGCAGGCAUCGGAGGGCCCACUAAAGCGCAUCCUGGGCUACACUGAGGACCAGGUUGUCUCCUGCGACUUUAACAGCGACCCCCACUCCUCCACCUUCGAUGCUGGGGCUGGCAUUGCUCUCAAUGUCAAGCUCAUUUCCUGGUAUGACAAUGAAUUUGGCUACAGCAACAGGAUGGUGGACCUCAUGGCCUACAUGGCCUCUAAGGAGUAA